AUGAAAGUUACAAGUGUUGGUCGGGUCUGGUUCCUCUCAGUCAUCUAUGGGAAUCCAAACCCAAAGUUUCGAGCACAAGUGUGGGAUAGAGGGACUAGGUUUGGUGCUAGUCAAAAAGAGGCAUGGUGUAUGAUAGCUGAUUUCAAGGAAAUCCUAUCUAAUGAAGAGAAGACUGGUGGGAAGGUUCGACAUCCGUUGAACCUUUCAAACCUUUCUGCAGAAUUGUGCUUUGCUAACCCGGCGUGGUUCAACAUGUUUCCGAGCGGAUAUCAGUGGUUCCUUGAGAGAUUUCCUUCUGAUCAUAGACCUGUUUUGGUCAAAUUUAUGGGAGACCAGGAACCGUUUCGUGGUCAGUUCCAUUUUGAUAAACGUUGGCCUCUGGACCCUAAUUUUGUUACUGUCAUUAAAAACGCCUGGGAUAGUGGGUGCUCGAAUAACUCGGGCUCGAGCCUCACACGUAUUGUCAAUUUCCGUAGAGCAAUCAGUGCCUGGAAGAGACAAGUGGCACCAAAUUCUCAAGUGAGAAUUAAACGGUUAAGAGAAGAGCUAAGGAGGAAGAAGAAAAGCGACAUCCGUGGUUCAGAAGAAUAG